AUGCUCCUCCGCGCUCUCCUCCCCCCACGCACCCUAACCCCCCUCUCCUCUCCCCAGCCUCUCUCCGUCCUAGGCAAACCCCUCCUCUUCCCCGUAACAUUCAGUCAUACGCGACUAUCACCCAUAAAAGACAAAUUCGCCAACACGUUCCUCCUCCUCGGCGUCCCGGUCGGACUGCACGCAAGAAUCGGAAACGUCCUCGCCAUCGACGAUGCCUCACUAACUCCGCUUGUCUCGCCGCCGCCUACGAACCAGUCCUUUUCCUGGCAAAAGGUCCUCGCGCAUGCCAGCUGCUGGUUCAGCAUCGAUGCAGUCCGGAUGUUGCACCGGGGUGACUACGGAUUUGGUUUACGCGCGAAGCUGGAUUCGUUUCUCAGGGAGCAGGACGAAGACCCAUCCCAAUGGCCCCACGCCUACCUCCUCACGGUCCCCAAAUUCCUCAGUUUCUCGCGCAACGUCGUGAGCUGGUGGUAUCUGUACAACCGGCAACGUGAGCUCGAUGCGCUGAUACUCGAGAUCAACAACUCGUACAACGAGAAGCGGAAUGUCUUCCUGCGUCUAACACCAACGCCCGACAAGGCCAAGGCAGAGCCCAGUAGUGAACCAGUACGCCAACGUUGUGAGCAGAACGAAAUCGAAGAAGAAGCAACGUACCUUGACAGCGACAACCUCAUCACCUCAUUACCCACCGCAUCCAAGGCAAAAUUCUACACAGGGACCUGGCGCAAACGGAUCUUCGCCUCCCCCUUUGAAAAAGUCGACGGGCUCGUCUCGCAGCGCAUGAUGGAUCCCUUGCGGCCGGAGUCUUGGAAUCCAACCGCCUCAUUCAGCAACAUGACGACGCUGGACGAGGACGGUAAGCAAGUACGCAUGGCGACGCGGUUAACAUGUACACAGCCACCACUCGACCCGACAGAUAUGAGUCGGUGGGAAUUAGCGUGCUUCUUGGUAAAGUGGAGUGUACCGGGCCUCUUCACGACGCUCGAGAUCAUCCUCAAGGCGCUGAGGAUCAAGUUCUCCGGCAAGAUGACGAUGCAUUCGAAGCCCCCUGUUAGGAGUGGGAGUGUGGGGAGGUAUAUCAGUGAACUGGAACUGACGCUCGAGCCCUUCUUCGCCUCCUACCUAACCCACCUCAUCACCAACCAUUCCACUCCAAUAAGCGUAACAUACCUCGCAUGCCGGUCCUACACAGCCGAAAAACACACCCUCCUCUCACCAACCGCUCGCAAGAGCCCGAACACUAUACCUAUUCGCAGCCUAACAAUCGAACCCACAGACCCCGCAUUCUACAGCCGGAUCACAACCUACCCCGACAUCAAGAGCGGACUGAUCGCCGAGACGAAAAUGACCGGCCACACAGCCGAUCCAGCCGCAAGACCCCUGCUCGUGUCGGAUCUGGAUCUGCUGCUCGAGAUCGUCGAGUCUUCGUUAUCAAUAUCCCCGCCUCAGUCGGACACUGGGGACAAAGGGGAAGUCUUUGGAUUUGGGCCGUUGAUGGCUCAGUGGAUCUUACGUCUAUCUCGAUGCUCCAGGUCGAGGUCGAGGUCGUUCAUGGACGCUUUCGUCCUCUCCUCCACAGCAAACACGAAUACGAAUCGCUGCCUGGACCCAAAUAGCAGAGGGCAGUAUAUCUCGACCAUCCUGCGUCAUUCCGCCGCGAGACGCGUCGCGUUCUCCUCGCAGCGCCUGCUAGGGAUCUAUACCUUGAUAUGCGCAUGCCUCCUCCGCUGGACGCUCCUGCACGGCCUGUUCUCCAUCUCACGGAGCUGUAUUCCGCCUCUGCCUCUCUCACUUCUCAGGCUGCAUUUCCCAGGGACACAGAUGAGUCCCGCUUGGGCGCCAUGGACGCUCGUGAUACCCGUGUAUUUCGCGCUCCUGGGCUUGGGUUCUGGACUGGUGCGGUUCGUACUGCGGUCGUUGUGA